CCGUACUCCAGCGUGGUGAAGAUCUCUCGGGCGCGGGUCUCUGCGCGCGUGGCAGCCAUCACCCGUCCAGAUCACCUUCCACCGACUGCCGGGCGCUCUGCCCAAGGAAACCUUGAGGGCCAUGGUGGACUCGAAACUGCUGGUGCCGGAGCUAAACGAGGCAGAGGCAAUGGGCGCUGAGACGGCGCGUUUCGAGGAGCUGCUGCUGCAGGCCUCGAAGGAGCUCCAGCAAGCCCAGACAAGCAGACCAGAAUCAACACAGAUCCAACCUCAACCUGGCUUCUGCAUAAAGACCAAGUCAUCCCAAGGGAAGGUUUUCAUCAACAUCUGUCACUCUCCCUCCAUCCCUCCUCCGGCCGAUGUGACUGAGGAUGAGCUCCUUCAAAUGCUGGAGGAGGACCAGGCUGGGUUUCGCAUCCCCAUGAGUCUGGGAGAGCCUCACGCCGAGCUGGAUGCAAAAGGCCAGGGCUGUACUGCCUACGAUGUAGCUGUCAACAGCGACUUCUACCGGAGGAUGCAGAACAGCGAUUUCCUGCGGGAGCUGUUGAUCACUAUCGCCAGGGAGGGCCUAGAGGACAAAUACAGCCUGCAGCUGGAUCCAGAGUGGCGCUUGUUGAAGAACCGGCCUUUUGUGGGCUCCAUCUCCCAGCAAAAUAUCCGCUCCCAGCAGCGGCCUCGGAUCCAGGAGCUGGGGAACCUGUGCACGGCCGACUCUUUGAGGCCUAAGGAAGGCCCUGAGAAGCCGCACCUGAACCUGUGGCUGGAAGCCCCUGACCUCCUCUUGGCGGAAAUCGACCUCCCCAAACUGGAUGGAGCUCUAGGGCUGUCGCUGGAGAUUGGGGAGAACCACCUGGUGAUGGGGGACCCCCAGCAGCUGUACCAUCUGGAUGCCUACAUCCCCCUGCGGAUCAACUCUGACCAGAGCAAGGCGGCCUUCCAUCAGAAGAGAAGGCAGCUGAUGGUCGCCAUGCCCCUCCUGGCCGCGCCUUCGUGACUCGCUGUCUCCCUGUGCUUCCAGGUGGGAGGAGAAGGCAGUAGCUUCUCUAAAAUUGAAAUGAAAGAUUUUUGGCCCUGGCCGGUGUGGCUCAGUGGGCUGAGCGCCGGCCUGCGAACUGAAAGGUCACCAAUUUGAUUCCCAGUCAGGGCACAUGCCUGGGUUGCGGGCCAGGUCCCCAGUUGGGGGCGAAUGAGAGGCUAGUUCCUAUCACACAUGGAUGUUCUUGUCCCUCUCUUUUCUCCCUCCC